UAUAUAUAUAUCAAGGAACGAUUCUUGAGACAGGCUGAAGUCCUGGAAGAUCUAUAUGGUGUUGCCUGGUUCCAAAAUUUUGCAGUCAAGACGAAAGCGAAUGCUGCUAUUGCUAGCACCGAUACUGCUGCUAAAGACAAGUUCAAGGAUGAUAUCUUUGAAGCCGUUCUUGCAACAGGAUUCCUGCUGUGCAACUGUGAUCGAACGAGAACAGCUCCUCUGAUGCUGGAUCUUCAGAUGAACUACUGCAGGGAAGUGGAUUAUUAUCCAAAGACGGUCAGCAAAGCAAAAGAUAUGUUAAAGAUUCACAUGGAUGUGAUCAAAAAUCCGGGAGUGAACCUUUACCAAGGAAAAGACCAGCCAAAAUAA